AUGUUUCGUCUCAACCGGUACAAAUCUGAGGAGACUCCGCCACCACCUCCGACGCAACGUGUCCUUAUCAUAGACAUGCCGGAUCUUGUAAUGAAAAAAAUUCUAGAUGAAGUUGACCUUGUAUCAAUUAUGAAACUUCGAAAAGUGUGUUGUGCAUUCCGUAACUUCAUUGAUGACACGAAAUCGGACAGCAAGUUGAAAGAAAUCACGAUUAUCACGAAAUCGGAUACAAUUUUUGUCUCAUAUGGGUAUUUUCUUUCCAAGCCGCUGGGAGAAGAAACACCAUCGAAGGAGAAAACAUCCUCUUCAAGUGAGAUAUAUGAGAAUUUCUAUAAAUGGGCAGGAUCAACUGGAAACACUGCUGAAACAUGUUAA